GAGACGCCAGCGGGAGCGCUUUGCUGCUGUGUCUGUUGCGCUUUUCUCCAAAACUUUGGGGAAACUUUCUCUGUGUGUGUGUUUGCGUGUCUUUCUCUUCCGCGCUUCAGCCACCUUGCACUCGGUCAGGAAUGGGGAAAAGAGGGGCGCUGCUGGCAGCCUUCUGCCUCUGGAGCCACUGCCUGGUCGCUCUCUGUGGGGAGAGCCCCACCGACGCUGCCCCAAGAGACAUUUCAGAAAAAAAGAGAGACUUCAGUGAUAUUAAGAGCAAAUUUUCUCUAAGGACACCCGAGAAGGCUGAUGAAGACACCUGCCUCAUUGUUCCUGGGCAAGAAACAAGUGUAGCACAAUGCAGCUUCAACUAUACAAGCAAAACCUUUGUGGUGAUACAUGGAUGGACGGUGACUGGCAUGUAUGAGAGCUGGGUUCCAAAGCUAGUAAAGGCACUGUAUACAAGGGAACCCUACUCAAAUGUCAUUGUUGUCGAUUGGUUGGCUUUUGCCAGUUUACAUUAUCCUGUAUCUGCUGCCUACACAAAGAUGGUGGGGAAAGAUGUUGCCACAUUUGUUAACUGGAUGGAGGAGCAGCUUGGUUAUUCCCUGGACAAAGUCCACUUGCUGGGAUACAGCCUUGGUGCCCAUGCUGCUGGUAUUGCUGGAAGUCUGACUGAUAAAAAGAUUAACAGAAUCACUGGUUUAGAUCCUGCAGGCCCUCACUUUGAAUAUGCUGAGGAAUCUGUGCGCCUUUCUGCGGAUGAUGCUGUUUUUGUAGAUGUCCUGCACACUUAUACAAGGGGGACACCUGAUCGCAGUAUUGGGAUACAGAAACCUGUUGGGCAUAUUGAUAUCUACCCUAAUGGAGGUGGCUUUCAACCAGGCUGCAAUUUUGUAGAGGCAAUACGACUGAUUGCUGAAUCGGGGCUUCAAGAUGCCGAUCAGUUGGUGAAAUGCUCUCAUGAACGUUCCAUCCAUCUUUUCAUUGAUUCCCUCUUGUAUGAAGAAAAGCCAAUUAUGGCAUACCGUUGUAACUCAAAGGAAGCAUUUGAAAGAGGACUCUGUUUGAGCUGUAGAAAGAACCGCUGCAACAAUUUAGGCUAUAAAGUCAACAGAGUGAGAAGCAAGAGGACCACAAAAAUGUAUUUGAAGACUCGCGCACAAAUGCCUUACAAAGUUUUUCAUUACCAAGUCAAGAUCCAUUUUUUUGGAAAGGUGAACACCACUAAGACAACCCAGCCACUCCUUAUCUCUCUGUACGGCACUAAGAAGGAAAGUGAGAACAUUGAUUUUAUCCUGCCUGAGAUCUCUACAAACAAAACCCAGUCCUUCCUUAUAUACACAGAGGUUGAUAUUGGAGAGCUGCUCAUAGUUAAACUGCAGUGGGAAAAAGACUCUAUUUUCAGCUUGACGGAUUGGUGGAAUACCCCUGAGUUCGGCAUCCAGAGGCUCAGAGUCAAGGCCGGAGAAACCCAGAAAAAGUUGGUCUUCUGUUCUCCGAGUGGAAUUUCUUAUCUCAAAAAAGGAGGCGAUUCUGUAGAAUUUGUGCGAUGCCAUGGAAAAAUAUAAUCAAGGAGAUUCAUGAGGCCUGGCAAGUUAAUGGGACACUGGUGCUUGAGUUAUUAGAAGAAUUAAAAGUGAAUGAAGAUACUCAGUUCCAGGAAAGGAAUCCCCAACGUGUUGGAUGAUCAGGACUGAGUGCUUGGAAAUACUUAUUUGCCUUCUCUAAUACUGCCAAUGCUGUCUCUUACUUUUAACAGAUUUUUACCUAAACCCAGUAUGCAGCAUUUGUUGUACUGGAGUUAAGUUGAGGAUGCACCGUCAGAUGUAUAUCCACUGAUUCACAAGGAAGGUCACAGAUGCCUACUUCCAUACAUGAAUCCUCUUAUCUGGUUCAGGGUAUUUUUAUAUCAUCAUAACACACAAGAAAAAAAACAACCCCACAUUAUCCAAGCUUUUGUUUUUAGAGUCUGAACGAGAAACCUUUUACCUAUAGUGACCCAAUGCAUUUUUGGGGAAAAGCUACAACAAUUCUCGUGCUACUUGUAACAAAAGUUUUUCAAUUUUUAUAAGGUGUCAUGUGUAAAAAAAAAAACUAUUUAUUUAAAAGUUACAUAUUUGAGUGUUUUUAAGAUUGUAAGUUUGUUCUUUUUAUCUGCAACUGGAUACCUUGCUGGGCAGUGUGCAUUCAGUGAAUUUGUGCGUUUUUGUGUUAUUUGCUGGCCGAACCUUCACCAUUUCUCUUAAAUGGAGAAUAGAUACAUUCCCAUUUUGUUUGUUCCUCUUACUUGGGUAGGACUGAAUGAUUGAAUAGGAGCUCUUUUCUUUCAUUCAUAGCUACAUAGGCUUCUUCAUACAGUCUUUAUAUGAAAAUAACAUUUUCCGCAAGAGAAACUAGCAUCCCAGUUUUGUAGCUCCUCUUUUAAAUAUGAAUCCAGUGUGUUUCUGAUUUGGCCUCUAGUCCUGCACCAGAUCAACCACUGUAAAGGAGCAGCUGUUGAAGAUUGUUAGAACAUGGUUUUCAUAAUCAAUUUUCAUUAACUGUUACAAAGACACUAUCUCACUUUUGAGAACAGAGUCUGUUACUAAAUAGUAAAGAGCACAGAACCUGAAAACAGUAUUUGUUUGAAAUACAAUGCAGUAUUCUACAUGCUAUGAGCAAACAUAAUACACUUUGAAUCAAAGUCAUGACGACAUAGAAGAGCUUCAAAACAAGGAGGCAGUAAAAAAAAUGAUUAGCAAGCUAAAAAUUAUUAACAUUGAUUGACCAAAACCUGUAAACAGAAUUGCAGCACUAUACGCCUUAGGUCAGUGGUUCUCAACCUGUAAGUCCUCAGGUGUUUUGGCCUACAAUUCCCAGAAAUCUCAGCCAGUUUACCAGCUGUUAGGAUUUCUGGGAGUUGAAGGCCAAAACAUCUGGGGACCCACAGGUUGAGAACCACUGCCUUAGGUAGUUUAGUAAACCAAAUAUUUAACACAAGCAAUGGAAAGCAUGUUCGCGUGAAGACAGGAAUUGAAGUUUUUCCCUCUGUCACCUGUUUACCUGACAUUCAGUAUUUAUUAUAACUAAAAGCUUAUAAUCAAAAGAUAUUGCCAAAAGAGUGAAGUUUGAAGCUUUGAGAGCAGCUGUCUUAUGGGUUGCAUGUUUCAAUACACGAUCAAAUAUAAGCACCGAAAGCACUUGAUCACAAAAUGGUGAAAUUGUUUUAUAUGUGUGAAAACAUAACUUGGCUUGAACUAUUUCUAUUUAUUUUCUGUAAAAUACAUGUGUGUGUAUAUAUAUGUGUGUGUGUGUAACAGUUUGUAUAUUUGGACGAAGUUAUCAAGGCUAUGUGUGCAUUUAUACGGUCUAGUGGUGUAGUCUCUGUAAAUAGCUCUCCCAAAGAAAAUCUAUUAUAUAUUGUACGAGAAAUGUUGCAGUGGUCAACCUUUUUUCCAAGAUGCAUUUGUUUUGUAUUGCAUUGAAUUCUGCAAACUUUACUAAAAAUAAAAAAGUAUUAUGGAAUAUAAUAAU